AUGGUGAUCCCGACUUGGAAAGAGUGGCUGGCUCCCUCGGCCCUGCGAUGCAGACGUCUGUGUCUCGGACUGACAGGACUGGCAGUUUAUUCACUGCUUUCCCCUUCUGCCCAAAACAGUGAUCCAUGUUCUUCCACUGAUGAGGCAGUCUCUUUCACCACCUUUCUUUUUGCCCACAGUCUGGGCCCACAGUCUCUCCUUUUGGCUGUAAGCUCUGUUGUGAAUGCAGAGCCCCUGAAGAGAAAUGGAAUUGGCCCAGGUUAUCUUCAUAGGGUGGCUACUGUGGGCGCAGGGUCAUAA